CGGGAAGUUUGAAACUCCUAGCUUCGGGAGUUGAUUCUGGAGCCGGUGUGCACCCAAAAGUCGAGUUGGGGCUCGGCAUCCUCUCCUAUACCCUUGCCGGGCCCUGCCCCCGCCCCUACUGAAGAUGGGCUCAGCCAAGAGCGUCCCAGUCACUCCAGCGCGGGCUCCACCACACAACAAGCAUCUGGCUCGAGUAGCGGAUCCUCGUUCACCUAGUGCGGGCAUUCAACGCACUCCCAUCCAGGUGGAGAGCUCUCCACAGUCAAACCUACCAGCAGGAGAACAGCUGAAAGGUCCAAAACAGGCCCAGGACUCAGAUCCCCGCUCUCCUACCCUUGGCAUUGCACGGACACCUAUGAAGACCAGCAAUGCAGAAUCUGUUCUGCCCCUGGGAGUACCUUCAUCUUCUGAGCUGGAUUUGCCUUUGGAUACUCAGUUAUUCCUUGAGGACCAGAAGCUACCUUGGAACGACCCUGAGCUCCCUUCCAAACAGGUGUCUUCCCAGGAGGAUGCAAGACAUCCCACAGAAACCCCUGUGGCCAGCCAGAGUUCAGACAAUCCCUCAAAAGACCCUGAGAGUCCCCGAUCUUCAGGUUCUAAGUGCAAUAGACGGAAACCAAACAACAAGGUCCUAGGGAUCCCCCUCACCAUCCUGCAGGAUGACAACUCCCCUGGGACCCUGAAACCACGACAGGGUAAGCGGCCUUCUCCCCUAAGUGAAAAUGUUAGGGAAUUAAAGGAAGGAGCCAUUCUUGGAACUGGACGACUUCUGAAAACUGGAGGACGAGCCUGGGAGCAAGGCCAGGACCAUGACAAGGAAAAUCAGCACCUUACUUUGGUAGAGAGCUAGCCCCUAUUGUGGCCCCUACAUUGGAUGCACCCAGGGCCUGGAGAUGUUCUGUUUUCUGUCACCACUUCUUUCCCAGGGAGACUAAGGAAAGGAUUGUUUUCUUUGAUUCCUCCUAAACUACCAACUCUGGGACUUAGAACUUUAUCAGACUUUCUUUUUGUCUUGUAUAUUUCUUGUAUAUUAAAGGAUGUGAUUUUAAAUGAUGCUUUUA